UCCUCGUUUGGGUUUUUCUCAAAUUUCUUUUUGCUGCUGGAGGCGGUGUUGUGGGUGGCUUGAUCUGGUAUCAAGUUUGAGUUUUUGCAUCGUCUGCUUCUUCGAAGCUUGUUCUGAUGAUGUGGGGUUUUUGAAUUUGUAUGGGGAUUUUGAGCUUCAUUGGAGGCAAUGCCAAAAUGAUUGCUUGCUCCUCUCUGAUAACUUGUCCAAAGUAUGUUUUACGCUUAAGUGGUCGCAUUUGUGGACAGAUGGGGAGGAGUAUUUGUGAUAUGACGCCUUCCAGUGCAUUCUUUCAUGUGUUUUCUGGGUAUUCCAGGCCAAAGUAUAUCUCUCUGAAUGGAUCUGAAGUGCCGACCUGUGUAAAUAUUACUGGUUUUAAAGGGGGCCAGGGUGGAUUUUUUGGUUCCUGUAUCUCCAAGCAUAGGCGGGUCGUACGGUCUUUAGUAAUUAGAGAUCCAGUUGGUGUUACAAUACCUCAAAAAGGACACGUUUCAAUAUCAACAGUAUGUGACAGAAUGAAUGCCAAACUCUUGUUUACAAAGCGAGGGAUGCCUAGUGAAGUCAGAUAUAGUGUUCGCCGCAUUUCUUGGUCUCGAGGGCGUGCUUCUGCUGGUUUGCUUCUUGGGCUAUUGGUUUGUUAUUCAAGUUUUGAACCAGUGCAUGCUGAAGCAGCCAAUGAUAAUGGGAAAGAGGAAAAUUGCGAGGACUCGUCAUAUGCUAAAAUUUCGCAUGGGAAGAAAGUGUAUACCGAUUACUCUGUCACUGGCAUACCUGGAGAUGGCAGAUGUUUAUUUCGUUCUGUAGCUCAUGGGGCCUGUCUUCGGUCAGGAAGACCAGCUCCAAGCGAGAGCCUUCAGAGAGAACUCGCAGAUGAAUUACGGAGUUUGGUUGCGGACGAGUUCAUCAAAAGACGGGAAGAGACAGAAUGGUUUAUUGAAGGUGAUUUUGAUACAUAUAUCUCGCAAAUGAGAAAGCCACAUAUAUGGGGAGGUGAGCCAGAAUUGCUCAUGGCAUCUCAUGUUCUCAGGAUGCCUAUCACGGUGUACAUGUAUGAUAAGGAUGCUGGAGGCCUUAUAUCAAUAGCCGAGUAUGGCCAAGAAUACGGCAAAGAGAAUCCCAUUAGAGUUCUUUACCAUGGUUUUGGCCACUAUGAAGCUUUGCAAAUUCCUGGCAAGAAGGAUGUGAAGUCAAGACUCUGACUCUCAGCACAAUGAAAGGUACGCUUCUACUAAAAGGUAUGUACUAUAAAGCCCGAAGCAUUUACUUGAGGAGAACGACAGCCUUGUGUCACGGUCCCGAGGUAGUGGGCGUUGCAUGAUACCUAAGUUUGGAUAUCAAUCGGUCCAAGAGCAGCGCCGUGUGAUCUUUCGAGGUAGAAAAAGUAGAAUCUUUUCCUCAUAUGGAAGACAAUUCUUGUUUUUUUUUCUUUUUUUUUGGCCGGUUGAAGACAAUUCUUGUUACAGAUUAGAGAAUGUAAGUGGGAAAGUUCCUGUAAUAGCACAAGCAGGUCUACGCGGACGACCAAAAGCAUAUGAUUAACCAAAAUCCAGAAGGAUGAUUUGGUUUGGUGGA